AAUUUCAUUGUCCUCAUACAAAAAUUAAUAAUGAACUUUAGAUACUUAUUCUAGCAAUUAUACUUAGCCAAUGAAAAGUGUACAAAUCACAAAAUGAAGGAUUGAUAUUUCUUAGUUUCUCUAUAAAAUCACGAUUAUCUGAUCUUCAUUCAUAUUUAUUUUUGCUUAUCCUAUUUUCUUUGAGUUUUGUUUUGCAUUGUAUUGUAUACACUGAAGUGAUAUUCAACAUCAACAUACCCAAUAACUAAAAUGGCACAAGUUAGGAACAAGCAAGUGAUUCUAAAGAACUAUGUUUCUGGUUUUCCUAAAGAAUCAGACAUGAACAUCAUUGACAGUACCAUAACUCUAAAGCUUCCAGAAGGUUCCCACGAUGUUUUGCUAAAAAAUCUUUACUUGUCUUGUGAUCCUUACAUGCGGACUCUCAUGACCAAUCCAAAAUACUCUUUCAAUCCUCGUUCCUACACUCUUCAAUCUCCUAUAAAUGGUAUUGGAGUAUCUAAAGUUUUGGAAUCUGGAGACCAAAAUUACAAAGAAGGUGAUUUGGUGUGGGGGAUAACUAAUUGGGAAGAGUACAGUUUGGUCUCUGCAGCACAAAUACAUUUCAAAAUUGAGCACACAGAUGAUGUUCCUCUUUCCUACUAUACAGGAAUUCUUGGUAUGCCAGGAAUGACUGCUUAUGCUGGUUUCUUUGAAGUAGGCAAACCCAAGAAAGGAGAAAAUGUCUUUGUUUCAGCUGCCUCUGGUGCAGUCGGCCAGCUUGUCGGUCAAUUCGCAAAAUUGAUUGGUUGUCAUGUCGUUGGAAGUGCUGGAAGUAAAGAGAAGGUGGAUCUGUUGAAGAAUAAAUUUGGAUACGAUGAAGCUAUUAACUACAAAGAAGAGCAUGACCUCAAUGCAGCAUUGAAAAAGUACUUUCCAGAAGGCAUUGACAUUUACUUUGAGAAUGUGGGAGGAAAGACACUUGAUGCUGUACUCUUGAAUAUGAGAAUCCAUGGUCGCAUACCCGUGUGUGGAAUGAUUUCACAGUAUAAUCUUAAUCAACAUGAAGGUGUAACAAAUUUGGCACAUCUCAUAUAUAAGCGGAUUCGUAUGGAAGGUUUUGUUGUCGCUAAUUUCUAUCACUUGUAUAACAAAUUCUUGGAGUUUGUCCUGCCUCAUAUCAGAGAAGGGAAGGUUGUUUAUGUGGAAGACAUAGCUGAGGGGCUUGAGAAUGGACCUGCAGCUUUGGUUGGCAUCUUUAAUGGUCGUAAUGUUGGCAAACAAGUGCUUGUUGUUGCUCGUGAAUGAAUGUUGUUGCUUACUAUUGUUGUGUUUUUGUAUUGAAAUAAAGAGAAAGUUAUGGUAGAGAAUCCCUACCCAUGUAUUCAAUCACUUUUUCUUUAAA